AUGGCGGUUUGUAUCGCACGCUUUGAGCCGGCUGGCAUUUCGUAUCAGGUGAAUCUGGUUCGUGACAAAUUAAAUUAUGGCUUUGACUCCAUCGAGAUCGCUGACUUCUGGCGUUACGAGAUUGCUUCCCUCCCUCAAGAAGGAUGCGACGAGGUCUGUGAAAACAUUGCGAAUGUACUCGAUCCAGUUGAUGACCGUUAUCUUACGUACGUAAAAGGCCUGGACCCUAAGCACUGGAAGGAGCACGACCAUUAUCGAAUUCUAGGGCUCUCGCGCCUUCGUCAUAAUGCCACUCCUGCACAUAUAAAAGCUAUUUUUUUAGUUCGCCAAAAAGUUCUUCUAUUUCAUCCUGAUAAAAAGCAGAAUAAUGCGCUGGACAUGUCCGAAGAGAAUGAUGAUAUGUUUACUUGCAUUGCUCAUGCUUAUGAAAUUCUUAGCUCUCCAGCGAAAAGGCGUGCAUAUGAUAGUGUCGACAGCACUUUUGACGACUCAGUGCCUUCGGCUUCAUUGUCCAGUGAAGAAUUCUUCUCCAUUUUCUCGAAAGCUUUCGAACGCAAUGCUAGGUGGUCGAAUAUUCAACCUGUGCCUCAACUUGGAGACGAACAUUCAUCAACGACAGAAGUGAACAAUUUCUAUCGAUUUUGGUAUGAUUUCAAUUCCUGGCGAGAAUUUUCAUAUUUGGACGAAGAAGACAAGGAAAAGGCAGAAAAUAGGGACGAGAGACGUUGGAUCGAAAAGCAAAAUCGGGCGGCCAGAGAAAAAAGAAGGAAGGAAGAGCUGAAGCGCAUUAGAACUCUCGUUGGUUGGUGCUUUAUUUGUGCAAUUUUUUCUUUGUUGAGUUUAGGGCAUCUCUCUGAAAAUGUUGUGGGGGCAAACAAACUGGAAGUGUUGAAUGAUUCAGAUCGAUUGUGUCAUCUCCUUGUAUACGACGAACUAAAAGAAUUGAACGACCGUCUGAAAGACCAGCCGACAAAUAUCGCCUACGAUGCUUUUACACAGUGCGUCUCGAAAGUGAGCGAUCGCUUAGACCAGGAAAGAGCCGAAGUGCUAGUUGCGAACCAAAAGUCAGAUUCUAAAGGCAAUAGCAAAGCCAGCAAGGUCCCAUGGACUCUCGAUGAGAGCCGUCUCCUCAUUAAAGCUAUGACUGUAUUUCCGCCGGGAACCCAAUCUAGGUAUUUAUUAAGUUAUUGCUUUCGAAUCAUCAGUAUGCUUUUGCAGAUGGGAUACAGUAGCUCUGGUGAAAAUGGUACGCUUUGGACUGCUGAAGAACAGAAGAGCCUUGAAAAGGCUCUGAAGAUGUUCCCCGUUGGAACUGACAACCGUUGGGAGAGAAUUGCGGAAUUUAUCCCUGGCAGAACGAAAAAAGAUUGCAUUCGCCCGAAACAAGUCUCUAACAAGUAA